AUAAUUAGUUAGUUUCACGAUAGACCGCGCGGUUAAAUUAUCUUUAGUUAAAUAAUAAUAUUAAUCUUAGUUAGAUAAUAUUGUCAAUUACAGACAUAAAAUGGAGGACUUAAAACCUUUCGAAGGACAUAAACCAGAAGACCUCGAGAGAAAGAAUAAAGAAGAUUUUUACGAUAGUCUUUUACCAAAAGAAUCUGAGUUUUGGGCGCCGAUUCGAAGAUGGGAGAAAAGAAUGGGGUAUCUCACACCGAUUAUCUGGUUAAAUGUAGUAUCUAUUUUCACACUACAUGCUGUAUUGAUCGCAUUUGUAUAUUACUUCUUCGCUAAUGGAAAUCGCAUAAAGUUACAGACAUGGCUGAUUGGUUUUGCAUACUACAUAUUAUCAGGGUUUGGCCUGACUGCGGGGAUACAUCGGUAUUGGUCUCAUCGGGCUUUCAAAGCGAAACUGCCUGUGAAGAUUCUUAUGUUAAUAGGAUAUGCUGCUUGCGGUCAGGUCCCAAUUUACGAUUGGGUCCGGGACCACAGAGUGCAUCAUAAGAAGACAGAAACCUCGUCCGAUCCUCACGACGCUACCCGUGGGUUCUUCUUCACCCACGUGGGCUGGCUGAUGAUGAAGAAACAUCCCGAUGUCUUAGCGGAGGGCGCGAAACUCGACAUGAGCGAUAUCACCGGUGACCCCUGGCUGGUGUACUUUGACAAGCAUUUCACGAUAAUGAAAACAGUAUGGUGUUUUGUAGUACCGACACUUCUACCAAUGUGGCUGGCCGGAGAAACUUUAUCUGCCGCGUUCAUUGUAACAAUGUUCCGUUUUAUGUUGAUUCUUCACGGAACAUGGUCUGUAAAUAGCUUUGCCCAUUUCUUCGGUGAUCGACCAUACAACAAACACAUCAAAGCAACGAACAACCAUGGCGUCUCAAUGAUAACCUUGGGCGAAGGGUCACAUAACUUUCACCACACUUUCCCCUGGGACUAUAAGUCCACUGAAAAUGCUCUUUUUAGCUUAACCACAUUGCUAUUGGAUUUAUUCGUGUGGCUAGGACUAGUGUAUGAAACUAAGGAGGCAUCUGCCUCUCUCAUUAAGGACACGUGUGAUAGACUCGGCGAAAGAUCGAGUCGAAAACUGCUCACGUCUUAGUGUUUAUUUAUUAUUUAUGUAUACCUAAUUAUUUAUAUAUUUUGAAAGUACAAAUAUCGCAUUAUCACAUAGAACUCGGUGGAAACGUAGCAUAUAUAUUUUGGGGAUUUGUGCUGCUGCGCUUUAUAUUUUCAUUUGAGAUUAUUUUAGAAGUAAUCAAAGAAAAAAAGCAAUAAUUUUUACUUUUUUUAUGUUUCAUUUAUUUUUAAAUAGAAUAUUGAGAUGCGUAUUAGGUAUAUCUUAGUCAAUGACUGCUUAGUGUUUGUAGAUAAUUUAUCAUUUUGAUAAGUCUUUAGAUGAAAUCAUUCGAAUGUGUAAAAUGGUUUUGAUAAGGUAUUAUUUAUAUUGUUUGCAUUAAACAUUAUUUUAAAUA